AUGUCUAUGGAAACAUACCCGGUAAGAUAUAAUCGAGGUCCAGCAUGGUCUGCUCAUCAAGUCACACCGCGUCUUACCCUGUCCCAACCCAGCGAGUCGGCUUAUCGGAGCCCAUUUUCAAUACUACUUCGCCAGUGGAACAGUCUUUUAGUUCUGUCUUGGCCCGAUUCUCAUCCAAUUGCAUCUCCGGCUACCGCAAUGUCUGAGUCUCCAAGCAAUUCGCUCCCCAUCGAGGUGAUUGAGAUCAUUUUAAGCCACCUGUAUCAAGAUUAUGCUACUACCGACUCAGAUCCCAUCAACAGCGCUGACUUAUGCUACCCCAGUUCGGUAUCAAAACUCCACCUCUUGAAUUUGCGCCGCGUCAAUCAAGUUUGGGACGUUGAAGUUACUGCGUACAUGUUUAGAGAACUUGACUUACGAUUACCUAUCAUGGCCGCCAAGCUAAUUAAUUGUAUGAACAUGGGACUCGUGACGCAUGGCCUGUCUUGGUUGCGCCGGUUAAGCAUCUCGCCGGUGUUCUAUUCAGACGGGAGUCAAUUCUCCGUUCAUCAUCACGGUCAGCAAGUUACACCUUCGACGUAUCCUGACGCGGGCUGGGUUAUUCCAAUGGCACAGGUUCAACAGAUUCUAGCGAUGUCCCGCCACCGUAUUACUGAGCUUAAGCUUCGCUUUGUGGGCUCAGUAGGUUUCACAGAAGGAAUGAUAGAAUGUAUGAAGAACUUAACGGGACUCAAAGUAUUGAUACUAUGCGGAAGUCCAAGCCGCCGCGUUCCCAAUGACUCAAUCUCAAUCACUGCUGUUCUCAAUGUAUUGCCUUUGUUAGAAUCGCUCUCAAUCCAGUUUGCGUCGUUGCACAGCUUGCCCGUUGCUCCUGGAUCGCUACCCAAUCUCAAGCACCUUUACUUUGCGGCUGACCAAUUAAACAUCCACGCUCUCGUCAACUUCUGUAUGUCUGAAGGAAAGGGUAUAAGGGUCCUUGAAUAUUGUCCUCCUGAAAACGCCGACGAAGCAGCGGCUGUUGUCGCCACCCUGUCCCAGUCGCUCGAAGCGCUUUCCAUUGAUUGGAUCCCGGCUCAUCUCCCCUACGACAUCAUAUCGUACAGUUUCCCACGCCUCCGCAUUUUACGUUGUACAGUUGCCAAAAUUGUCCUCUCGAGCGUAGCCUGGCUUCACUUCCCGCUAUUUCAAAACGUCGAGAUUCUAAUCACAGACUACGCCAAUUCAAAACAACACUGGGGGGUGAUCUUGACUGGGCUGAGCAACAACGCGCCUGAAGCCAAGGUAGCUCUCAAGGACAUCAUUUUUAUAACGCCAAAGGGCCCUGAAAUCCCCAACCACGAGUUGGUCCAAGCGUGCAUCGCGCAAGGAAUUAGAUGUCACUUUAGAGGUGAGAUGAAUUACGUGGACAUCAUGGCAUCUACCGAUUGGGUGCAGGACCGAUCCGUAUAG